CUCUCCCACACCACUGAAAUCCACCACCUCCCCAACCUCCAAAACCCCAAACCAACCAUGCCGCCGCCGCUCCCCCUCCUCCUCCUGCUCGCCGCCGUCGCCACCGCAUCCGCCGCUUCCACUCCGCACUCGCAGCCCACGUUGCCAGCGCCGGCACCCUCCUCCGCCACCAAAGGCGGCGGGGCCGCGUCGCACUCACAGCCCACGAUACCCGCCGGCCACGCCGCGCCCCCGUCCGCCACGCUGGCCUCAGCCCCGCCGCCGCAAGCCGCGCUCCUGGCCGCCUUCCUCGCCAAGGCGGACCCGACCUCCCACCUGCGCUUCCCGCUCGCCGCCACCCCCUGCGCCCACCCGGGCGUCACCUGCGACGGCGGCGGCGGCCAGAUCACUCACCUCGUCCUCGAGCAGGCGGGCCUCAACGGCACCUUCCCUCCAUCCACCCUCUCCAACCUCGCCGAGCUCCGCGUGCUCAGCCUCAAGUCCAACGCGCUGCACGGGCCCAUCCCGGACCUCUCCGCGCUCGCCAACCUCAAGGCGCUCUUCCUCGCCGGCAACCGCUUCUCGGGCCCCUUCCCCGCCUCGCUCGCCGCCCUGCGCCGCCUCCGCUCCCUCGACCUCUCCGGCAACCGCCUCGCCGGCGCGCUCCCGCCCGGCAUCGAGGCCGCCUUCCCGCAUCUCACCGCCCUCCGCCUCGACGCCAACCACUUCGACGGCCCCGUGCCCGCCUGGAACCAGUCCUCCCUCAAGCUGCUCAACGUCUCCUACAACAACUUCUCCGGCCCCGUCCCCGUCACCGCCUCCAUGGCCACCAUGGGCGCUGCCGCCUUCGCCGGCAACCCCGGCCUCUGCGGCGAGGUCGUCCGCCGCGAGUGCCACCUCCUCUUCUUCCACGCCGACGGCUCUCCCACCACCACCACCCCGGGCCAGACCACCGACCAAACCCCGCCACACGAUGGCAACACCCUGCCGGAGCCAGACACGUCCGCGCCACGCGCGCACCGAACGAAAAAGAGGACCACCGCGCUGGCUCUCGCGGCUGCCCUGUCAUCCCUCGCGGCCGCGCUCCUCGUCUGCGCCGUAAUCGCCGCGAGGAGGAGGGGCAGGCGGAAGCACAGGCGGCCGAGCACCGCGGCGUACCCGAGCCCCAAGAAGAGCGCGGCGGCGGCCUCGCAGGUGAGCAGGGAGCUGGACAACGCCGACAUCGGCUACGUGGAGUGCGUGCGCGACGACGACGACCAGGCGGCGGCCAUGAUGAUGCCGGAGGAGAAGGCGCGCCGCCUCGGCCGGAGCGGCUGCCUCACCUUCUGCGCGGGCGAGGCCACCAGCUACAACCUCGAGCAGCUCAUGCGCGCGUCCGCGGAGGUGCUCGGCCGCGGGAGCGUCGGCACCACGUACAAGGCCGUGCUCGACGGCAGGCUCGUGGUCAUCGUCAAGAGGCUCGACGCCGCCAAGAUUGGACCGGCGGCCUCGGAGCCGGAGACCUUCGAGCAGAACAUGGAUGUGAUUGGGCGGCUGCGGCAUCCUAACCUCGUGCCGCUGCGGUCGUUCUUUCAGGCCAAGGAGGAGCGGUUGCUCGUGUACGACUACCAGCCCAAUGGCAGCCUUCACUCUCUCAUCCAUGGUUCCAGGUCAUCCCGGGCAAAACCACUUCAUUGGACUUCAUGCCUAAAGAUAGCUGAAGAUGUUGCACAAGGCCUUGCUUACAUUCAUCAGGCAUCUCGACUUGUUCAUGGAAACAUCAAGUCUUCCAAUGUCCUGCUUGGUUCAGACUUUGAGGCUUGUCUUACCGACAACUGCUUGUCAUUCCUGCUUGAAUCAUCAGAAGUCAAAGACGAUGCUGCUUACAGAGCACCUGAAAAUAUGAACUCCAACAGAAGGCUAACCCCCAAAUCAGACGUCUAUGCUUUUGGCGUCCUUCUCCUUGAGCUCCUUAGCGGCAAGACACCUCUUGAGCACUCGGUCCUGGUGGCAACCAAUCUCCAGACCUAUGCCUUGUCAGCAAGGGAAGACGAAGGAGUGGAUAGCGAGCGCCUCUCGAUGAUUGUUGACAUUGCAUCUGCUUGUGUUCGGUCCUCGCCAGAGAGUCGGCCAACUGCAUGGCAGGUCCUCAAGAUGAUUCAGGAGGUGAAGGAAGCAGAUACAACUGUUGACAAUGAGGACACUGAUCUUACUAGCAACUCCUAGUCAUGUUAUGGAUAAAAUCGACCAUGUCCAGAGCGGUGGAUGCAUCAUCCCAAGCAAUGAAUAGUAGCUAAAUGCAGUUUUCCUCUGCCUAGAAAAGCUAAUGGAAGAGUGUUAAUGGUGUAAGAGCAUGGAUGUGGGUCAUGAUCUCUCUGACUGGUAUCUUUUGAGCUCCAAAAUCUGUAACAUAUGUUAGGUUUUUUUCCUAGUUUAUGGAUGUUGUGAUCAUGCUGUUGUUUUUUUAGCACCAAUCUUAAGUGUGGACAUCUAUAAUGCUUAUGUUAGUAAUAGUGAUUAAAGACCAAAGUAAUAGUGUGUUAACAAUUAGCCAGUUGUAUUUGUUUUUUUA